CUUCACACCUGUCCGCUACUGCACCAGCAUGAUGCCUUCGAAAGAAGAGAAGCUCGAGUGGCACGACCACCUCCAGAUGUGGCUCAAGGAAGAGUCCCUCGGAGUGCACCCCUGGCCCGCGUUCCCAGCCAGCUACAAGGACGUUGGAUCCGAGUACGCCAGAAACAUCUUCAAGCUCGGGAAGAGGAUGCUGUUGGUCAUGUCCGAGGGACUUGGCCUCCGCUCAAACCGUCUUCUGGAAGCAUUCGCAGACAUGGUUCUUCUGACGAGAGCAAACUUCUAUCCGGCUUGCCCGAACCCGAGGCAGGCCUUGGGCAUGGAAGGCCACACCGACAGCGGCGGCCUCACGUUUGUGCUCCAGGAUGGAGUCGGGGGAUUGCAGCUGAAGCAAGGCGAGGAUUGGUACAACGUGAGGCCACUCGAGGGAAUGCUGGUGGUCAACAUGGGCGAUCAGCUAGAGAAGCUCAGCAAUGGGAGAUACAAGAGCAUAUUGCACAGGGUGAUGGUGAACUCGAAGAGCUCAAGGCUGUCCGUCGGGGCGUUCCUGGGGCCGUCACUAGACGCGGAGAUCAGCCCGAUUCCAGAGCUGGUGAGCCAGGAGAGUCCGGCAAAGUACCGCAGCAGGACUUAUAGGGAUUACAUGCACGAGGUGUACACGGAGCACUUCUCCGGGAAGAAUGUCUAUGUGGCUUGAGUCUUGGGUAGUCAAAGGUAUCAAUUUUUUUCUCAUU